CAUCUGCCACCGCAGUCUGGCUUGGGCGCAGCUAGCGGCCUUUCCAGGAGUGGCAAGGCCCAGAGCGUGCAAGAAGGGAGUUUUUAUUUUGGGGAGAGGCUCUAGACCACCGUGUCCACCUCCCCUUCACCCCUAAAAGCUCCGAUCAAGAUUUCCAGGUUCCCCAGAAGGAGCAGAAAGAGAGAGCGCGCGCGCGCAAAAGGGAGGAGAAGCUCCGGAGCGCCCAAUGCAUGCCCCAUCGCUGGGGGCCUCCCGGGUGCAGCUCAGCGAGCCUUCUGGAUCCGUUCACUUCUCGAUCGCGGUGAAAGGUGAGAGGUGAACCCCCUCGGCAGCCCAAGGCGAUCGCUGAGAUCCUCUCCCGCUGCUGCUGCUGCUGCUGCUGCUUCCCCAAGGCCUGGCGCGCUCAUGGCGGCCAUCCGCAAGAAGCUGGUGGUGGUGGGCGAUGGCGCGUGCGGCAAGACGUGCCUGCUGAUCGUGUUCAGUAAAGACGAAUUCCCCGAGGUGUACGUGCCCACCGUGUUCGAGAACUACGUGGCCGACAUCGAGGUGGACGGCAAGCAGGUGGAGCUGGCCCUGUGGGACACGGCGGGCCAGGAGGACUAUGAUCGCCUGCGGCCUCUCUCCUACCCGGACACCGACGUGAUCCUCAUGUGUUUCUCGGUGGACAGCCCCGAUUCGUUGGAGAACAUCCCCGAGAAGUGGGUGCCCGAGGUGAAGCACUUCUGUCCCAACGUGCCCAUCAUCUUGGUGGCCAACAAGAAGGACCUGCGCAGCGACGAGCACGUCCGCACCGAGCUGGCCCGCAUGAAGCAAGAACCCGUGCGCACUGACGACGGGCGCGCCAUGGCCGUGCGCAUCCAAGCCUACGACUACCUCGAGUGCUCGGCAAAGACCAAGGAAGGGGUGCGCGAGGUCUUCGAGACGGCCACCCGCGCCGCCUUGCAGAAGCGCUACGGCUCCCAGAACGGAUGCAUCAACUGCUGCAAGGUUCUAUGAGCUUGAAGGAGAGGGCCCAGGCCGAUGGCCCCAGGCCCUUUUGCGUGCGCGCGCGCGUGCGUCCAGAUAAGGGGGAACCCGCGCACCCCAACCCCACCGGGACUGCCUGGCACAUCUGCCUGCCCACGCGCCCACCGUGAUGGGGAUCUGGCGCUGGGAACCGACGUGGGAGGCCUCCCCACCUUCCUUCUCGUGUCUGUGCGUCCUGGCCGUGUGGGUGUGGGUGUGGGUGACCUCAGAGUGCCAAGGGGUCUCCCCUACUCCAGCAUCCCUGUUUCGGAAGAGUCCAGGCUCUUCGGAGUGUGUGGUUGUGUGACUGUGCCAUUGCCCACCUUCCCAAAACCCCUCCCCCCCCGGUUUCCACCCCACCCCCAAGCAAGCCUUUGCUCCAUGGAGACUUAGCUUGGCACCGCAAGCUGGCUUGCAGCCGCGCCCCAUCAUCAGAUGUGCGCCCCCCCCAGAAGCCAGCGCCUGUUCUGCCUUGUCUGUUAACAUAGACCGUGCGGGAACUGCGGGAGGGGAGGGCUGGGGAGGAGAAAGGGGGUGUUGUAUAAAUAUAUAGAUCAGAUUUUAUUUUCCGGGGAGGCAGGAUGGUGUCACUUCAUAAUGGUGGUGGUGGUGGUGGGUGGCGUGCAGACAGGGCCUUAGGAUAGCUCUGUGGGUCAGGCGCCCAUCCCAGCACCAACACAACUUGGUCAUCUUUCCAAACCCACCUCCUGGGGAAGACAUUCGCCACAGACCUGGGGCUGAGAGGACACAGCUUCCAGACUCUGCGACUCCUGAAGACCAGACACCAGCCCCGUUGAACCCCUGGGCCGCCAGGAAGGCGUGUGUGCGGCGUUGGUUUUAUUUUAUUUUAUUUUAUUUUUGCCAUAAGCGAACUCUGUGCCUGUCCUACAAGUGAAAAUGGUUCAGUCUAAGAAACUAUUGCUAUUUGCUUUAUUUAAAGGCUGCAACUUGGUUUUGUUUUUGUUUUAUUUUUGGAAAGACUUUGCACAAUUGUUUCAUUGUAUUGACACUUAAUGCACUUGUCAUUUGCAAAAGACAGUAGCAUUCUGACCACACUUGUACGCUGUAACCUCAUCGACUUCUGAUAUUUUUUUAAAAUAUUGAUCAUGACUUUAAAGGAAAAAAGAAA